AUGCCCUCCCUCAACUCAGGAAAGGUGCUUGUUACAGGCGCAAACGGCUACAUCGCGGUGUGGAUCGUGAAAACCAUGCUCGAAGCUGGUUUUUCUGUCCGCGGCACCGUCCGUUCGGCGAGCAAGGCUGACCACCUCCGCAAUCUCUUCAAGUCCUUUGGAGACAAGUUCGAGGUUGUCGUCGUGCCAGACAUUACCAACGCCGAGUCCUUCACCGAGUACGUCAAGGAUGUAGACGCGAUCGCCCACACUGCAUCUCCCUUCCACAUGAACGCCAUUGAGCCUGACGAGCUCAUCAUCCCCGCCGUCGAGGGCACGCUCUCCGUCCUCAAGGCCGCCGAGGCGCACGGCCCGUCCGUCAAGCGCGUUAUCGUGCUCUCAUCGACCGCCGCGGUCCUCGGUCCGUACUCGGGGACUCCGCUCGACGAGUCGCACUGGAACCAGGACUCCAUCGACGAGGUCAAGGCGAAGGGCCGCGACGCCGCCAACCACAUGAAGUACCGGGCGAGCAAGACGCUUGCGGAGCGCGCUGCUUGGGAGUGGUACGAAGAGCGCAAGAGCAAGCUCGGUUGGGACCUCGUCGCGCUGAACCCGCCGUUUGUCUUUGGGCCGUUCCUGCACGAGGUAGCUUCGCCCGAGCAGCUCAACACGUCCGCGCACGACUGGUACUUCAACAUCGUCAAGGGGAAGCUGAGCCCGGACGGAUAUGUCAACGGAGGCGCUUGCUGGGUGGAUGUCCGUGACAUCGCGACGGCGCACGCGCUCGCGCUCAAGACGGAGGCGGCGGCUGGGCGGUUCAUCGUCGCUGCGGGUGCUUUCAAGUGGCAGGACUUCGCUACUCCCGCGCAUGCAAUCGACGCCAAAGUGCCCGAAGGUAAUCCCUCCGCAUACGACCCGUCAACAGUCCAGCACGGGGUUGUAUACAACAGUACCAAGAGCAAAUCUGUACUCGGACUCAAAUACCACACGGUUGAGGAGACGACGAAGGACACCCUCCAGGAUUUCGAAAUUCGGGGGUGGUUGUAG